AUGAUCAAGUUGGGAUCAAACUCUUUUGUAAAAAGUGCUGUUCAAGCCUAUUCCUAUCACCAUAAUUUGGUCAUUAAACCUGAUGAUGUAUGGCUAGCUAUUUGUACUCAAUUUUCAAAUUAUGUGAAUGGAAAGUCAGAAGAAUUGAGAGGCAAAUUUGUAGACUUUGAUGGAAAGAAACAGCUAACAGUCUACGGUUCUGGUAAUUUAUUCUCGGCUGAUUAUGUUUCCCUCUCAUUGGAUAUGACCAAUCAAAUUGCACAGAAUAUUAAGGAUCCAAGCGUAAGAGAAUGGGUCAUGCCAGAUUUUACUACCACCACUGAGAAUGAUAGGAUGGUUGGAGCAGUGGUCCUUAUGGCUGCUAUGAAGAAUUACUUUGAUUACAAGUUUUCGUUGUGUUGUAACUUGCCAAGUGUUACAUUAUUGGGGGAGGUUGAGGACUGGGUUAAGAUUAGAGAAAGAGCUAAUAGAUUAUUGGAAUUUGACACAAAGGAAGGAUAUAUGGAACAAUGGUCUGCUUUGUUAUUCCCUGUUUUGGAUCAUUUUGUAGAAUCAAUCAAGGGAAAUCCCAAUAAGGAGUGGUGGAAUAGAGUAGCUCACAUUUCAGGCGGUGGAUCAGGUCCUCGUUAUUUGGGUGGAUGGAUUACAACUUUCUGUGUAUUUUCAGAGAAGGGAAUAUGGAGAGGAGAUUGUCAACCUGGUGCAUGGCCAAAGAUUGACUCACAAGAUAUUCCAAGAGGAUACGUCAAUGUUCCAAUUUUGGUCGAUGAUAAUGGCACAGAGUAUAAGACUGAAAUGUUUGCUGGACACAUGAUUUCUAAUGUGAUGGAAGAUGGAAAGACCAUUCAACCAAGAGUAGAUUGGGCUCUUUUCCAACUCAAUGAAUAA